AUGACGCUUGACGGCUCCUCGCAAAACCAAGGCGUGACCGGCGCGGCCAAGUUCGUCACCUCGACGGUCGGCAACACGGUCGGCGGUGUGACGCGCACCGUGGGCGGCGUGGUGGGCGCCGCGGGGCGAGGGAUAGGACAGACGGUGACGGGCGCAACGGGCUCGGCGGGCAAGCCUGUUGGGGAUGGCUUGUCGAAUGCGACGAGCGGGAUUGAGGACGCGACGAAUAAGGUGGCGAGGGGCGUGGAGGAUGCGGGGACGUGGCAGAGUGGGCGGAAGUGGUGA